AUGUCUGACGACGAGAAGUACGAUGUGCUCGAGAAGAUCGGCCAGGGCUCUUUUGGCAUCAUCCGAAAGGUCAGGAGACGGUCGGAUGGCUAUGUCCUCUGUCGCAAGGAGAUUAGCUAUUCGAAGAUGUCGCAGAAGGAGAGGGAGCAGCUCCAGGCUGAGCUGUCCAUCCUCAAGGAGCUUCGUCAUCCCAACAUUGUUCAGUACAUUGAUCGCGUCCACCUGAAGACCUCGCACGACCUUCACGUCUACAUGGAAUACUGCGGCAAUGGCGACCUCGGUGCCGUCAUCAAGCGCCUCAAGAGCAAGCGCCAAGUCGCCGAUGAGGAAUUUGUUUGGAGCAUAUUCUCGCAGCUGUGCGCCGCUCUCUACCGCUGCCACUACGGUCAGGAUCCGCCCGACGCUGGCCGCAACGUCCUGGGUCUGGGCAACAACGCCAUCCCUAUCAAGGAGAAGCAGAGGCAUAUCACCAUCCUUCACCGCGACCUCAAGCCUGAAAAUGUUUUCCUCGGCGAGGAUAACUCGGUCAAACUUGGCGAUUUCGGUCUUUCUAAGAUCAUGCAGUCGCACGACUUUGCAUCCACCUACGUUGGCACUCCUUACUACAUGUCGCCCGAAAUCUGCAUGUCGGAGAAAUACACCGCUGCUUCCGAUAUCUGGGCAUUAGGUUGCAUCAUUUACGAGCUUUGCGCUCAAAAACCCCCGUUCGAUGCUAAGACGCAUUUCGACCUCAUCCAGAGGAUCCGCCGCGGCAUCUUCGACCCCAUCCCUGAUUGCUAUUCCCCGGAUCUGAAGAAUGUCAUUGCGACGUGCUUGAAGACCGACUACACCAAGCGGCCCGAGACGGCCCAGCUUCUCAACCUUCCCGUUGUGAAGCUGAUGCGCAAGGAGCAGGAGGUUGUGCAGAUGGGUCAGUUACUGAAGAAGGAGCGCGAUGCGACCAGGCUGCUCGAAAAGGAACUCGGCGAGAAGAUUGCUACGCUGGAAAAGGAAAAGGAUGAUAUGAGGUUGUCCGUCGACAACCAGUUGCGUCGUGAGUGGGAGCUGAAGGCGCGUUUGGAGAUUGACCGCCACAUCAACACCGAAUUGGAGCGCCUCCGGAAGAAUUUCGAGGAGGAGGUCAACAAGCGCGUAGAAGAAGAGGUCGAGCGCCGCAUGCACGUAUGGAAGCUGCAACAGAACGCAGCAACAAUUCCCUCUUCCACGCCUGCGCUGGAGGCAGCCCAGUCCAUCAGCACGCUUGGAGAGCCUUCCGAAUUCCCGUCCCAAACAGAUAUCUCCUCUCUCUCCCUGGAAGAGUCGCCUCCUCGUCCUAUGAAGCCCAGAGCAGCCACUCCUGAGAAGAGACCCGCCAGGUCUGCAUUCCAGCGCGCCCACACCACUGCCUUCAACGAGGUCGCAGCUUCGCCCAUGGAUAUCCAGAUGGCGGAUCCUUCUCCCGUCUCUUUGGCCGGUCUUAGCCUGAGCCCUCGCCGUAACGCACUGAAUGCCGAGCCCAAAACGCGCCGCAACAUCUUCGCCGCGGCCGAGCGCAAGAACCUGUCUGACCCGGCUUCGCCUAUCCGCUGUACUAGCCCUACCGCUGAUGUUGAGGAGAUGGAGGAUGAUGACCUUCCCGCGUUGCCUUCUCCGACGCGUCCCCGUAGCAUCAACGGUGCACGCAAGAGCCCUGAUAACGACCCGUUCAAGGUCCUUGCCGCGAACAACGCUCCCAACCCGGCUACCCAAUUGUUCAGCCGCCGUAACUUGCUGGCCCGUAACGGUCCGGCGCCUAACCGUGGUCCCUCGGUGCCAAACCUCCGCGCGGGUGGUGCUGCCACUAACCGCCCUCGUCCGAAUUCGACGGUCCCUGUGAUCGCCACUUCUCCCGCUCGUAAGCGCACCAAGGUGCCCUCCGCUGGCGAAGUCUCGCCUAUCCGCAAAAACAGCACCGGCAGCAUGGACGUCAGCGACGCCGGCUUUGCGCGCGACACAGCCUCGACUGCUCUGCGCAGCAAGAAGGGCGCCAACACGGCCGCUCUCCUCCGUCAGAAGACUGCCGCCGCCAACAACGCGAACAUCACCUCCAACCUGUCGGGCCGCACGUUGGUCGAGCUCGCCCAGGGCAAGGCGUCGACGGACCGCCGCAGCAGCAGCUCCAGCACCCUCACCAUUGGUGAGCUGAGCGAGAACAUGCCCGUUCGCAAGAACAGCAGUGCGCUUCUGGCGGCUGCCGCCCCGCAGUGGGAUCCGGAGAGCGCCGACGCGCCCAGCCCGUUCAUCAAGAGGAAUACUGGCUUCAGGCUCGCUGUCGGUGGUCUGAGAUAG